GAGCAGUGCAAUCUCACUAAUCACAUUCAAUUACAACACACAUAAUUUAUACGAAUUCACUGCAUAAUUCUACUCAGUCAACAGAUGGUCUCAAGAUGUCCACUAGUCAACUAGCCAUCUUACUAGCUAUCUCAGUCCUAGGUACAGCUAGCAGCAACCACAGUGCCUGUACUCAGCCAUGGCAAUACAUAGACAUCCCCACCAACUCCUGUCAAUGCUACGACAACCCUCGGACACAAGGCAUUGUGAGGUGCACUCAACAAGGAGCUGAGGUACUGAUCGGCUUUUGUAUGACAGUGGAUAAUGCAGGGACUACGUACGUUGGUAGCUGUCUCAAUAACUACCCUGCUAUCAACUACGAGAACACUACAGAAGCUGUGUACAUUGUCCUACCGCAUAAUGUCUCAGAGCUUAACCACUACAUGUGUGGAGGCAUGCACAGGGAGGGUCGAGUGUGUGGGGAAUGUGAACCAGGCUAUGGCCCCGCAGUGCAUCAAGCCGGGUUCCUGUGUGCCAAGUGUGAGUGGUAUGGAGUACCAGUGUAUCUACUACUAGAGUUUGUUCCAGUGACUCUGUUCUACAUCAUCAUACUCGUGUUUAGAAUCAGCCUCACUUCAGCGCCAAUGAUAAGCUUUGUUAUCUAUUGUCAGAUGGUGACCCAUGUUCUAACAUACGACCCUUCAAUUGUCAAAGCCUUCAUACAACAUUUAGGCAGUGCACAAGCCAUUUCACAUAGCAGCAACUCUUGGGGGCAUUUGGAACUUGGACUUUCUGAAAUUUGUCACUUUUAUCCCGCCCAUAUGUGUGAGCGAAGAUAUCAAGAACAGACACGUUAUAAUGCUUAGCUACGUCUCAGCUUUAUAUCCUCAGCUACUCAUAGCCAUCACAUUCGCAUGCAUCAAGAUAUACAACAGUAAGUAUGGACACUGUCUACGCUGGAUCUGCCAACCCAUUCGCAGUAGAGCUAUGAUCAACAUACGUAGAGGCUACGAUGAGAAGAACACAGUAGCUGAUGUAUUUACAACAUUCCUAGUGCUCUCUUAUUCUAAGCUAGUGGUAGUGGCCUUCACUACAAUGGCAUUCACUGAGAUACAAACAGGAGAUGGGAGUCAGUCCAUCAGGGUCAUGGCCUUUGACACUACCAUCGAGUUUCUAAGCCCCACCCACUUUCCGAUAGCAGCUAUCGGCAUACUAGUGUAUCUCAUCUUUGGAAUAGGGCCACCACUGUUCUUAUUACUGCACCCUACAGGGAGAAUCACACGAGGACUACAAAAAUGCAACCUAAAGAGAGCUUCAGCAGUUGUAAACCACAUAGCAGCUAAGUUCCAAGCCGACUACAGAGAUGGACGAGAGGGUGGGCCCAACCUGACCUACCUAGCAGGCAUGUACAUGCUGGUGGCUAGUGCCUCCUACUAUAUAGUUCUAUUAGACCAAAUCAGCGUCCUGUUAUCAUGGUUUGGAGCAGCUAUUUGGAUGGUGAUAGUCCCUAUAUUCAUACUGUCAGUGAGGCCACACAAAGAGAACUACCAGAACAUACUCAGUGCACUCAUCCUCACCCUACCAGCGCUCUACUGUACACUGUUUGUGAUGUAUGUCUACAAUAUUGUCCACAUCCGCAGCCCUGCCCUCGACUUGCCUGUGUGGAUAAUGUGCCUCAUGUUCAGUGCACCACAAGCUCUGUUUGUCGCCUACAUCAUCUCGAAGCCAGUUAGAAAAUCUAAGACUUGCCAAUCUGCCUGGAAACGCCUACACAUGCUAUGUACCCACCCUAAGCGAGCUAUAGCCGGCAAUGAGGGACCACCGGAGGACAUAGAGCUACCUCACAGACUAGAGCAACCAGAGGAGUACCAACCACACCUGCUCAAUAGAAUCACAAGAUGAGGACUACCCUAAUGAACCUCAGACUAUCCAGUCUGCCAACCCAGUAUGAACAUCAAACAUUGCUAAAAAGCUACAAACCAAAUACGUGAACUUUGUUAAGUAUGCUGACUAAUAUUAUGUCGAGGCUUAUAUGCUUAUGCUGAUUUAUACUUAUUGCUGCUUUAUGCUGAUUUAUACUUAUUGCUGCUUUAUGCUGAUUUAUACUUAUUGCUGCUUUAUACUGAUUUAUACUUAUUGCUG